ACCUGAUAUUUUGCUUGCUGCUGUCAGUGUCAGUGAAUAUUAUUUUUGAAGUCACAGUUUAUUGCUAAAGAAUCAGUUAGCUCACUCGGACCAGUUGAAAGUUCAAAAAUAACAUCCACUCCAGGGAUACAAAUUCAGGAUACGCAGAAGACUGCUGUUUUAUUAUAGGCGGUUGUCAUAUAUUGUAUUAUCCGAGUUGCACAGUGUAUAAACUAAAACAUUGAUUUCCAAAGUGCCGACGCAGAGUGAGCGAUCUGAUUCUUUAGCUGUAAACUGUGUCACAGGGUUCAAAAUGGUCGCGCCCUAUGUUGGGCGUGUCAGACCUAUCUCUUGCCUCGUAUAGUAAUCAAAGUAUGUGGUUGUGGUAGAUGUGAAAUCAUUCAUAUCUUCUAAACUCUAAAUGUAUUGCAUUCGCCUCGUAUAUACAUUAAAAUAUUGUCAAAAAAUUUGACAAAUCGUGACAUUUAUACAUAGAAUUAUACAAAACCGCUAUCCCUUAUUUUUUAUCAAAAAUCCACAAAAAAAAAGUUAAAACCACCUCAAAGACAAAUCAUAUUCUUAAAAUUCUUCAAAUCCUUCAUUUCCGCUAAACUCUACCGCUCUGUCCACCCCAACCGGCUCAAUCCGCAGGCUCUAGAACGGCCCAUCUUCGCCCCGUUCGAUAUUCCUUAAAGCCCUUACCAUAGAGGCCGAAACUUCCUCGCGGACACCUUCCGCGCGUCAUGCAAGCGCCUCCGAGGCCACUUCUCGCUCCAACGUGCUCGUCGACCACACUACGGAUAGAACAAAUUCAACCAUGGAGGAGGACGAAUCUAAGAAGGGUGACGAUGAAAUCACCCUCAAGCCGAAGAUGACCCUUAUCAAUGGGAUCACGGUUAUUGUUGGGAGUAUCAUUGGGUCCGGGAUUUUCGUGAGUCCUUCGGGAGUUUUGAAAAAUACCGGGAGUGUUAAUGUGAGCCUCAUAGUAUGGACUGUUUCCGGGGUGUUUUCGAUGGUGGGUGCUUAUUGCUAUGCCGAAUUGGGUACGAUGAUUCGAAAAAGCGGCGCCGACUAUGCAUACAUCAUGGAAACUUUCGGCCCGUUCGUCGCCUUCAUCAGGUUAUGGAUAGAAUGCAUGAUCGUACGACCUUGUUCUCAGGCUAUUGUAGCCUUGACUUUCAGCCAAUACGUCAUGAAGCCUUUUUUUCCCGAAUGUGAUCCACCGGACAGCGCUGCAAGAUUAUUGGCAGUUUGUUGUAUCUGUUUAUUAACAUUUGUUAAUUGUUACGAUGUGAAAUGGGCAACUAGAGUUCAAGAUAUUUUCACUUAUGCCAAACUCUUGGCUCUGUUUAUAAUCAUUGCAGCCGGAGGUUAUGAAUUAUUUAAAGGACACACCGAACACUUCACUUUUAUGAAUACGAAGCACGAAAUCACUUCACUGGCGUUAUCAUUUUAUUCAGGACUCUUCGCUUAUAAUGGAUGGAAUUAUUUGAAUUUCAUCAUUGAAGAGCUGAAAGAUCCUGUAAGAAACCUACCUCUAGCCAUAGCCAUCUCCUGCACCCUAGUGACAGCAGUCUACGUGCUAACAAACAUAGCAUUCUACACCACGCUCUCUCCUGUAGAAAUUCUAGGUUCCAAAGCUGUGGCUGUGACAUUCGCAAAUAGACUGUUCGGACCAUUUGCUUGGACAAUACCUGUGUUUGUUGCUCUAUCGACUUUCGGAGCUGUGAACGGUAUCUUGCUCACUUCUUCCAGAUUGUUCUACGCAGGCGCGUGUCACGGACAAAUGCCUGAACUGCUCACUAUGAUACAGUCUAAGAAAUUGACGCCCACGCCGUCUGUAGUAAUUAUGGCUCUUUUGUCUCUGCUGUAUCUGACAGUAUCUGAUAUUGAUGCUCUUAUAAACUACGUUGGAUUUGCAACUUGGUUGAGUAUCGGCGUAGCAGUCCUUUGUCUUCCAUGGCUUCGUUGGAAACAACCAGACCUCGUCAGGCCAAUCAGGGUGAACUUAUUCUGGCCGAUCCUGUACCUUCUAUGCACGAUCUUCGUGACUGCUGUACCGAUGGCUGCCAGCCCGUACGAAACAGGAAUGGGCAUGCUGAUGAUACUUUCAUCCAUCCCCGUAUAUUACGUUUUCGUUUAUUGGCCGAAACCGGAAUGGUUCCAAAAGGGGUCCAACGGAGCUACCGUAUUUUUGCAAAAAAUAUUCGUUGUUGUUGGUAAAGCAAAAGCUGUGAAGUUGUAAUUGACAUAUCUUUAAGAGUGGUUUAGGCUAGACGAUUGUUUCGUCUAGUGUAAACUGAGUGUUAGAUUCUUGGGAAUAUCUUGUUGGCAGGUUUAAAUUUACGUACGAAUGUCAAAUAAAUUUUGUUAGUGUUCUCCCACAACCGCCUCUAAGUAAGUUAUGGGUAUUGAUGGAGGUAUUAUUCGAACUUACAUACCAUUUAUUUAUAUAAUAAAAACUUUAAAGCUAUAACUGAAACUGUAAGAACACAAAAUACUCUUCUUUCCUUGUUUUCAAUUAAUUUAUAUUACACUCAGCCAUUUUGAUUGCAUGAAACUCGAGAACCCUUAGUUUUCUUCAGUUAAACUACAAUUUUGUCGCAUAAUUACUAUGCACUUCACCAACACUACCACCAAAUUUUUCAAGCUAAAACCGGUUUAAUUCUACAUUAAAAACAUCAAUUAAUAAGUAUUUACUAGCGCGUUCUAAAUUUUUUCAUAUGGCGUAGGAAAUAAAUAGCAUCCUCGCAGCGUUGCCAAUUUUUAGUGAUUUCGGCUAGUUACUUAGAGAUCGUUGUGGUUCUGCAAAUUGGUCACAAAUUUCAAAUGAUUGAGGCUGAGUUUUGAAAAUGAUAUAUUUUAUUCAAAUAUAGUUCAGACUAUACAAUGGAUAUAAUCAAAUAAUAAAACGGAAUAAAUAGUUUGUUUAUAUCUCACAUGGUUAGAAAAUUCGGAUUACAAUAUGUGGCUAACAAUGUUAAAAUGUCGUAUAGAGUCUCUUUAACCUUCUACUGCAUGAACUAUUAUUCGUUCAUUAAAAAAUAAAAAGCUUCAUACGUGGUUUUAGUUGAUGUAAUUAAGCGAUAUAAACAAAAAAUUACAUAAUUUUUCCUUAAAUUAAAAAAACUGUCACCGCCAUAUAUGGCUUGGAAUGCAAAAAAAUCAAAAAUACAAAAUAAAGAUUGGGCCAUAUAUGGCAUUCUAUGCAACCGAACAACAACUGAUUAUGUAUGAAAUGAUGCAAAACAAUUUCUGUCUUUAUUUAGACAUAGGCAAACUUUACAUAUAUACAAAUAAUCUAAACUUACAAUUGUUAUAACAUUGCAAUCUACAACUUUUCCAUGAAGGAAAAUGCCCAAUAGUGUAUGUACGUACAGAAUUUAGAGGUACAUCUUGCCUCAUUUUGGGUUUUUUCCUUUUUUGACAGGGUUGUAUUAGUUAGGGUUGCUACUUUACUCAAUGUUGGGGUUGAUACUCUAUGUUAGGGUUGCUACUUGACUCGGUACUGGUGUACCACUAUUAGAUGGACGUCCUCGUUUCUUUUGAAAACUUUUGCCUGCUAGGUAUUCGGAGAUGUUCGCUAAUAUAUUGUUUGAAAUCAAACAACGGCAUAUACUUGCCGCUCUUCCGAGACCACAAGAGCCAUGUAUUUGCAACACACAUAUCUAGUAAGUGGAGAAAAAAACAUACCGCUUUUUGGAACGGACUUGUAUCCGAUACAAACCCAACAUUGUAUCAAGUAGGUCAACACCCCCCAUUUGUUUAUUAUAUAUCUAUCGAUAGCUUUAGGGCAAGGUAUAUCCCCAUAUUCGCAUUCUUUUCUAAAAUAUCUUUGUCUUUGGGUUACAGGAGAAGAGCUCACAUAAGACGAAAGAUAGUUACAAGCUUAUUGUCAUACCAGCAUACACAUCCAACGUCUACCCUAUCAACCCUACCUGUUCGGCGAUACUGCCACGACCACGUUUUUUAAAUUCCUUUUCGGAUGGCAUUGUGGAAUCAGUUACCAGGUUUCUUCGUGCUGUUCCUAAUGAUAGUAAACCUUUUUUAGAUAGGUAUACCUGGAGUUUUAUACUAUUAAACCAGUUGUCGGUAAGCUUGAUCACUACCUUGCCACUCGCACCAAUGUUUGGUGCACCAGCAAAAAUAUCAAAAUCGUAGCUGAAACCAGACGAUUCACAAAGUACUAAAUUUUUGUACCCCCAUUUUUUUGCUUUAUAUGAUUAAAUUGCUUCAAAAUAUGUCUAGCUUUGGUUGGUAUGAUCUGUUCAUCAACUGCCAAGUAUUCUUCUUUUGGUACGAGGAGCAAUUGUUUCCGUAUUGCUUCGAUAAGAAGUAGAACUUUGAAUAUUUUGUCAUGCCCAGGUAAACCAUGACGGAUAAAUUUAGUGUUAUCAUUAAAAUGUAAACGUCUUUUAAUCUCUUCCCACCAAUUACAUGUCAUUAUCUCAUAGACCUGUGGCUGACCUAAACUGGCACUCCAAUAUAAUCUAGUUAAAAGUAAUUUAACUAGGAAUAUGAACAUAGUUAUUCCAAUAAAUUGCUCGAGUUCUUGUAUAGUUAGUUUUAGAGGUUUAUUUAUGUAUCUUUUAUGGCUUUUAGAUUAGAUUCAUCUACAAUCAUGUCUAAUAGUUCUUCAGUGCAGUGCAUCCAUACUUUCCGCUAAAUCAGUUGUGUCUAAAAAUUUGUAAAGUUCUUCAUCGUACUCCUUCAAUUUUUGCUCCUUCCAUGUAACCUUAACUUCCUUCUCUUUUUUAGUCUCACCCUUUUGUUUUUCUUUACCCUUGGCAUUUUGUUUUAUAACCUUUUGUUUUUUGUAGCUUUACUCUUUUGUUUUUUUAGCCAUUUGUUUGAGGUUGAUGAUUUCGUAUCAUCAUCUGUUUCGGCAGCUGAUGAAUCAGAUAAAUAUUUGGCGUCACUUUCAGAAUUUUCAUCCUCGCUAUCAGAAAUUAUGUUAUCUUUCCUUUUUUUAGUAUUAUGCGGUAAAUAUUCGUCGUCUGAAUAUGAAUUAUCAAGAAAUUCAGCAUCACUACAUGAUCCAUCACCUGGAAUGUCAUUCGUAUGCUUCAGUAUUCCAUAAAAGUGAUUAGAAGUCAUUUCUGCAAAAAAAAAGAAUACGUACUUUACAUUCAAGUUAAACUGCAUAAGGAGCCAAAUAUGGCUGGCAGAAAAAUAGAUAUUAAAUAUCAGUUUUGUAAGAAAAUCAAAGUAAAUAAUUUGAAAAUUUCACUUAGACUGUAAAGAACACAUGCCAAUAAUACUAAAAAAUUAAAUAAUGUAUUACUUACCUACACAGUAAGACGAUGUAACUAGAAACAAUUGUAAUACAUUUUUCACACCUCGUUGUGUCGUUACACAGACACGUUGCACUAAUAAAUGAAAUAAAUGUGUAAGGCGCGCUGUUGCCAAAGUUUAAAAAAUAUACGUAAAGUACUGAAAGUCAUUAAUUUACAGAUCUGAUGUCCUCUAUUGGCCUAUAUAAUUUCGAACACAAAAAAAUAUUAUAAGCAUGAAUCCAUAUAUGGAUUUUUAUGCGGUAGAGGGUUAAAGCCAGCAUAUACAGAUUCAGGAGAAUAAAUAUAGGAAAACAGGUUUUACAAUGCAGUUGACCAGCAGAAAAUUAUUUUUUUCUAAUUUUGACAUAUAAAGUGGCAUUUUUUGUAACCGCAGCAAUUCUCAAAAUGAUCUACUUUAUGAAACCAGUUUCAUAAUGUUGAAAAUUAUGCAACUGGUUACGAAAAAUUCAUUAUUUGACUUAUAAAAAUAGAAUUUGGUUAAACUUACAACCUAGCAAUAAUGUUGUUUGUGUCCUUAUUUUCCAUUCUAACUUAUCACAAAAUAAUUAAAACGCAAUACACGACAAAAUAAUCCACUUUCUUGAAAACUAAAUAACUUUAACAAGCCAAUAUAAACACAACAAAAGUUGUUGAGAAUAAAUUAAUAUGAUUUUCUGUUUGUCAGUAAAUUGAAUGAAGUUAUGCAGAUGCAACUAACAAUAAAAGAAAGUAAUAUUGGUUGCCUAGAUGUUAGUAAUAUUUUACCAAAACACAAUUUUAUAAUCUAGUCAAAAUUAAAAAAAGUUAUUGUAUGUAACACGUUACAAAAUAAGUUAUUUGUAACUGGCUGUAUAACUAGCUAUUGUUUGUACAUUUUUAAACCAUUUUAUUAAAAAAAAAUGCCUCAAGAUAUUCUUAAACAAAUAAAAGAUUAGUAAUAAUAAUUGUGCUACCAAAGAAGAUAUUAUUUUUUUUUUCUAAAAUAUUUUAAAAGAAAUGCCAUGAUCAGAAUGACAUAUCCUUAAACGAUUUUGACUGAUUGUUAUCUAAUAAUAAUUAAUACACAUUGCCUUUACGAAAACUGCCAAAGAAGGUAGGUACAUUCUAAAUUUAGUACCUCAGACAGUCACAAACAUUUUGUAAUAGAAAAAUAGUUUGCUUCAUUUUAGCUUUAAGCUAAAUAAAUAGUAUUUUGACCAAAAUAUACAUUUUUAUUAAUAAAAUUUGGCUUAAAAGCCUUUUGUACAAAGUAAAAGAGAAUUAUCUUCACUUCUUCAGUAUCCUAAAAUCAUAAUUCUCCAUCAGAGCCUGUAAAAACCAUUUUAGCUGUCUAGGCAUAGGCUGUAAAGUAGGCAAUUAGACACAGUAGAUAGUCACUUUGAUUAUGAAUUUUCUUUUAUAUUUCAUUUGUUAAUAGAAGCAACCAAACUGUUGUAAAAUAAGAUGUUUAUUUUUUUAAUUAUUUUUCGAUUGUUGUGUAAAAAAAACGAUGUAAAAAUUUAACUUUAAACUGUUUCUGUAUUAAUUUUUAUAGAAAUAACAGACUAAAUGUAGGUAAUAUUUGUCACGUGAUAUUAUAUUUGUGACAAGUGACAGAUAGUGUAUGUUGGAAUUAUAAAAAUCGAAGUAGAAAUGUUUAUACAUACCUAUAAAUCUGGUUCCUUAUUGUAUUAGGGUGAGAUUACAGAACGUCUGCAACCUUGCAGAUCUGCAACUUUGCACAUCUGCAAAUAUGGCGGACUUACAAAUGCAAGUAUUCUAAAAAAUAUCUGCAAAUUCGCCAUAUUUAUUGUGGUUUAUUACCCCCAACAACACUAAACCCAAAUUUGGAAUACGAAAACUUGAUACUUGCAUGUGUAAGUCAGUCAUAUUUGCAGAUUUUCAAAGUUGCCGCCAUAUUUGCAGAUCUGCAAAGUUGCAGACGUUCUGUAAUCUCACCCUUAUUAUUGUACAUAAUUUUGUAUGUUUAGUUUUUUAUUUUAGGUUUCCUUAAUUCAAAUAUGACCAAUAAUGCUUUUAAAUUAAGAAGGAUUAAGAAUCUGAAGUCUAUUAGGCAUUCCAAACAAAAUUGUUGCCCGUGGGUAAUGACAAGUUAUGAUGUGGCAACCCUGUGUGCCUGGUGAUUUGACAGGGUCAAUGAUAUAGUUAGUUAUAUAGAUUGAUCAAGCAUUUCUUUCAAAAUAAAUAUAAGCUUAUGCUUUGAAGUAAAAAUGUAGGUAACUAUUUUUAUUUACUAUGUUCAAAGGCUGAAAAUUGGUAUUAAAAUUAAAACACAUUUUUUCUAAAGCAAUUCUAAUUAAUGAGCACUUGUGAAGCAAUAUGGCCGCUUCCAAAACGACCUGCUUCGAGCAAUCCAUAUAAUAAGCCCACAGGGUAGCCAUAUCAUAAUCUGUCAUUACCCACGGGCAGUAUUUGACAUUUUGACAUUUGACAUACAAUUUUUAUUUAUCAAAUCUCAAAAUAUUGCAAAAAUAUGAAUAUAUUACCUAAACAGACUUAUUGUUUUUUUAGGUUUUGAUAUUAUAUUUGGUAAACAAAUUGAAGUAUUUAAAAAGAAUGCAAUUAGUUUGGCCAAUAAGAAUUUUCAAAGGGUAUCCCGUCUGAAAAAGAAAAUGGCAUAUCUUUUACAAUAAAAAUGGAUAUUGUGUGAAUCAAAAAUAAGAAUAAAAUUUUUGUUAGAUAGCAAUAUUAUAAAUGUCGAAAAUUUAAUUAUUUGAAGACAAUAAAUAGAUAGACAAAAUUUGGGAGAGGAUUAAAAAAACCUAAUUUUAAAAUUUUAUUUUUACUUUUAGAUAAAAGUUUGCUGAGGGUUAAAUCAAUGUAUUAGGAUACCUAUUCAUAACUUUAAUAAUAUGAACAGUAUUAUAUGUUACUUCGUGUACAAAAAAAAGUAUUGGGUAGCCUUUACCUAUCUUCCUAAAUACAAAUAUUGUAUUAUGUUUGAUUGUCUCAUUCCGAACAUAAAAAAAAUGUUGGGUCUUCAAUUCAACAUAAAAUCUUUAAUACUCAAUUUUAUGCGUGUAUUUUUUAAUAAUAUAUUUAGACCAUAACUCCCAAGUAAUAUUUAUUCCAUCUCAAGGGGUAGGUAGUACUUUUUAGGGGUCUUUCUCCAUAGAUUUGAACUAUAAUAAACAACAAAAUAAAUCCAAUUCUUUUGAAAUGUUGCCAAAAAAUAAUUAAUUUUCAGCAAUUAUUACUUGGGAAGUCAAAGCCUACUCACAUCGACAAUAAAGGUAUAUUUGUAUAAUACUUGUAUACAUGUGUAAAGAAAAAAAUUAAUUUUUGUGCAUUUUUGUUUGAUUAU